CAUAUAAAGGCAAUUUCCAACCCAAUCUCCAACACAUUCUCUUCUACCCUUGAACAGCUUAUUUAUAGCUCCUCCUCACAUAUACAACUAGGUGCAACAAUGAUCGACUCAAAUCCACCACUCUUGCACCAGUAUGGAGCACUUGUGCGAAAAUCUGCUGAACCCCAAAAGGCUAAAAAAUUUAGUCAUCAAAAGCAUCCUGUAGUGGAUGCAUGUAGUCUGCCAUUGAUAGACCUUAAUGGUCUUAAAAGUUCAAAUGAAGGAGAAAGACUGGCUUGCACAGUAGCAAUAUGCAAGGCAGCAUCAGAAUGGGGUUUUUUCCAAGUCAUAAACCAUGGGAUAAACCUUGAGCUACUAAGAAACAUGAGGGAAGAGCAAAUGAAGUUGUUUGAAGUGCCCUUUGAGAGGAAGGUCACUAGUGGGCUUCUAAAUAACCCCUACAGUUGGGGGACACCAACAGCUACAAGUGCAAAUCACUUCUCAUGGUCAGAAUCUUUCCACAUUCCUCUCACCAUGAUUUCAGAAGCAGCUUCCUGGGGGGAAUUCAAUUCUUUAAGGGAAGCAAUAAAUGAGUUUGCACCAGCUAUGUUAGAAGUAUCUAGGCUAUUGGCAAGCAUUCUCGUGGAGAACAUGGGCCACCCAUCUGAUGCAAUUGAAAAGCUCUGUGAUGCUAGCACAUGCUUUCUGAGAUUAAAUCACUACCCAUGCUGCCCAAAAUCUAAAGAAGAAAUUUUUGGAUUAGUGCCUCACACUGACAGUGAUUUCCUUACAAUCCUGUAUCAAGACCAAGUCGGUGGACUCCAACUCAUGAAAGAUUCUAAAUGGGUUGCUGUAAAACCAAAUCCAGAUGCUCUGAUUGUUAACAUUGGAGACCUUUUCCAGGCCUGGAGUAAUAAUGAGUACAAAAGUGUGGAGCACAAGGUGGUGGCAAAUGACAAAGUGGAAAGAUACUCCAUUGCUUACUUCCUGUGCCCUUCUUACAGUACUAUGAUAAGUGGUUGCAGAGAACCUUCUGUGUAUAGAAAGUUCACAUUUGGAGAAUACCGGCAUCAAAAUAAAGAGGAUGUCAAGAAAAUAGGACACAAGAUUGGACUUCCAAGAUUUCUAGUUUAAUAUACAUUCACACUGAUAUCAGAUAGAGCACUGAACAUUGUUCACCUGAGGGAUUCAUAGUUAAGACUAUAAGGCCUUCCUAGUAAUAGGGAAAGUCGCAUUUCCCAUAUUCUUUAUUUCUAUUAUCAACAUUUCAGCUUAUAGUAAAAAAUCAAGAUUGUUUAGCAUCAUAAUAGAAAAAAGGCUUUCUUUCA